AUGAAAGUUAUUGAACAAGGAAGUUCAUCAAGAAUAACAGCAUCUAGUUCAUCAAAUAGUGAUUCCUCAAGAUCUUAUGCUAUUUUAUAAAUUAAAUUAACAAGAGAAUAUAGAUCUCAUGGCAAAUUUUCAUUAAUUGAUUUGGCAGGUAGUGUAAGAGGAGCUGAUGUAAGUGAUACUAAUAAAUAAACAAGAUUUGA